AUCCAAUUACAAGGCUCCAAGUCUUUUUCGGAAGAGUUGAGGACUAAUCACAGCUAAACCGUCCAUCGUUAAGACAUUACCAUUAUAAAUCUAACUCACCUUACAGGUAUAAAGUACAAAUGAAUCGUAUAUAUUAUAUUAAGAGCGCCAUUCAUUCAUAAAAUACUGAAAUCCAAUUUAUCCUUUUAUUUUCUGAAAACGAAUUCUUCCCUUUUGAUGUUUUUUCUUUAUCUUGUUUUCAUGAGAAGCAACAUCCAUUUUGUACCUUUCCAGGGACAAUUUUAAUGAAUUGGAACAUGCUUGAUAUACAGUACACCUUGUACUCUUAUGAUAAAAUACUAAUUAUAAAGACCUAUCAUUUCAUUUUCAAUUGGUACAUGUAUAAUUAUAAACUUUCAUUAUGAAAUAAAUUCCCCUUUCACUGAAUAAUUGAAAUACGUUUUGCAUUUUGUGAUAUUCUCUAAUAAGUAUUCAGCUAUGGCUGUGGUGGAUUAAUGUUAGUGCAUACUGUGUUAAAACCACCACAUGAUCUAAUGGAGUUUGUGAUCAUCAUGGCAUGGGAAAAGCGAUACCCGGAGAACAUAGUAUCACGGACAGCUUGACCAGCUAGCAGUCGGGACACGAACUCGAUCCACCAUUAUGGCGAAUUGGAUGUGUUGGUUAGUCUUUGCUGCCAUCUUUUGCAGUUCAAUGGGAUACCGAAAAGCUGGAGAAUACGUCAAAUAUGGGAGGGAAAUGUUUUGGGAGAAAGGAAUUUGCAAAAAUUAUCCUCAUCGCUUUAAAGCUCAUCCGAAGUACUGCCACGCUUAUUAUGACUGUACUUCCGCUUCCGCCCCUGGCUAUAGAAGUUGGGAUAAGGGGUUCCGAGAAUGUGUGUAUCCAAAAUUGUUCAAUGCCAAGACAAGGAAGUGUGAAAUGUUUUUCUAUGUAAAAUGCGGUACAAGAAAGGAAUUCAAAUCAGGAUGUGAUUACUUUGCAAACCAAUGCUUGCGGGCACAUUGCAUUCCAUGUUCUGUGCGUAUUCCGAGCUGUGCAGGAUUCAAGGACGGUAUACACGAACACCCAUAUAGGAAAGGCAGUCGUUGGUUGAUGAAUUGCUUAAAGGAAAGGCUGAUGAACUUUUGGUAUGGACGGAAGUGAGGCUGACAUUCUCCAUACAAUCGUAGACAAAUACAAUAUAAAUAAAGAAUAUGCAAGAGUAACCAUGUUAGAAAUUGUCUUUCUAAGUCACUAUCUGCGAUUUCCUCUAUUCCAUCUAUUAUUUAUUUAUAACCGAACUAUUUUCUGUCAAUCAAGUUGUGUGACCAAAAACUCUGACA